UGUGGAAGCACGCAUUAACCGUAUUCAUUCAUUCGAAAUAGGAUCGUUUUGUAUCGAUUUUAUUUUAUUUUAUAAUGUGCCAGUGAUUUUCUUUGUGAAGUGUUUUAUAUUUAUAAAUUAAAGGUACAAAAAAAUAUGGCCAGUAAAGAAAUGGAAGCCCUAGAAAAAAGCGAAAAGAUCAAAGACAAUGAAACGUCUGAUAUGGCCGGAAGUACCGUCAAAUUACAGCGGGAACUAGGAUUAUUUUCUGCGGUUAAUUUAAUUCUUGGAGUUAUGAUCGGAUCUGGUAUAUUUGUGUCACCAGCAACAGCUUUAGAACAUUCCGGUUCUGUUGCUUUAUGUCUGAUAGUAUGGACUGUUUCUGGAAUUAUAUCUUUAUUAGGAGCAUUAUCAUUUGCGGAAUUAGGUACAGUUCUUGGAAAAUCUGGUGCAGAAUAUUCAUAUUUUCAAGAAGCAUUUGGAAAAUCUCAUAAAUAUUGGGGGCCUUUGCCUUCAUUUAUAUGUGCCUGGAUUUAUGUAGUAAUAUUAAGACCUGCAGAAGUAGCUAUUAUCGUGAUGACUUUUGCUGAAUACGCCUUUCAACCCUUCACAACUGAGUUACAAUCCGAUUACAAAGCAACGGCCAUCAAACUGGGAUCUUUGGCAGCUUUAUUUGUUAUGACAUAUAUCAAUAUAACAAGUGUGAAACUAUUUGUAAAGGUACAGAAUAUAUUUGGGGUGUGCAAAGUAUUUGCUUGCCUUAUUGUAAUAGGCGGAGGACUAUAUGAAAUUAUUAAAGGCAACACUGAAAACUUGAACAAAGGUUUUGAGGGUAGUACAAAGAGUCCAGGCGGUAUAGCUCUCGCGUUGUAUUCAGGAUUAUGGGCGUAUGAUGGUUGGAACAGCGUAACUGUGGUUACAGAAGAAAUUAUUAACCCAGGCGUAAACGUUCCCCUGAGUAUAUCCAUCGCCGUACCACUUAUUACUGGUCUGUACGUCUUUAUGAAUGUGGCGUAUAUGUCUGUGCUGUCUUACGCUGAAAUGGUAUCUGUGCCCGCUGUAGCUGUAGCGUUUGGAACCCGAGUUCUCGGUCCUGCCAGUUUUCUCAUACCACUUGGUGUUGCCAUAGCGACAUUUGGUUGUGCUAUGAGCGUCCAAUUUGGUGUUACCAGAGUAUGUUACACAGCUGCGCGUGGGGGUCAUAUGCUGGAAGUAUUCUCAUACGUUAAUAUGAAGCGAUUGACACCAGCACCAGCUGUUGCAUUCCAGGCUAUUCUUACCUCAAUAUUUAUUAUGGUUGGCAACAUUAAAACCCUUAUCGACUUUGCUAGUUGGUUCCUUUGGUUUUUCUAUGGAUUAGCGAUGGUCGCAUUACUAGUGUUGAGAAAGACGCAGGCAGAUAAGCCCAGACCAUACAGAGUGCCAACAAUUGUGCCUUGUUUCGUGUUGGUAGUGGCAAUAUUCCUGUCAGUGUUGCCUAUCGUCCAUGAUCCUUCAAUUAAAUAUUUAAUGGCUAUUGGCUUUAUAGUCAUCGGUGUAAUAGUCUACACUAUAUUUGUCUAUUACAAGAAAACACCUACAGCUUUAUUAAGAAAAUUUACAUUCCUAACUCAAAUACUUUUCGAAAGUGUGCCGCCUAGCAACCACGAAGACUGAUUUAAAAGAUUACAUAGAUAUUUAAAAACAAUAUAGUUUAUAAGAAACAAAAUAAAUAAUGCAG